UUAUUUAUUGGAGUCGCAAACAUAUCAACCAUCUAAAUCCUACCAACUAAAUCCUUCGAAGUUGUUGAAAUUAUUUUCAUAUCUCUCAAACACAGCCCAUCUUAUCUGGUACCACCAGCCACUCUUUAUUUAUUUUGUGUGAAGGGGAUAAGGAAAACAAUGUCCAUUCACACCCUCAGAGUCAUAAAAAUCACAUUUAAUCCCCUUUGAAGUGAUAAGACAUCAUUUAAGUGAAUUUACUCGACCAUAAUGUUAGAAAUUAAUUUCCAAUUGAUGAGGUCACGUGCAGAGCAAUGAAAUGAAUAAUAUUCCCACAUUUUUUCUCUAUUAUCAUAAUAAUAUGAUGGGUAACGUUUUAAAAUGCUCUUUUUAUAUGUACAAUGUAACUAAAUAUAGUGUAACUAAGGGGAGUAGAGAACAACCCUCUGCUAAAUAUAUUUACUUUCCAAGACACCACCCCUUCUGAAAUGGAUGCUUGCACAACCAUGAGUUUGCUCACACAAAACGGAUUUCAGUUUAGUUUAGGAAGAGAAAUCUUUGCAAACGGUCACUUUGCGUAUCGCGCGUAUAACGUUACAAUUUAUUUUUCCGUCAUUUGAAUAAGUGUAUAUAUAUCGUGUAGUAUGGAUUGGAUUGAAAAUGAAGAAACAAAUACCGAAAGAAGUAGUUCAACUUCAUCUACACCAAAUCUAAUAGAUCCUACGCAAAAUAAAAAAAUAUUGAAUACAUCAGCAAUUAGUGUUAACCUAGAUAAUUCAUCAAAAUGUUCUCAACUCGUCAAUAAUCAAGACUCAUUAUCGGACGACGAAAUGUCCGACUUCUCCCUAAAUGAAUCCGAAGAUGAAGAGAAUAUCACAGGAAAUGGAAUGCAAAAUUGUGCUCGAAGCAUUCAUCAGCGGAUGAUUUUUUCAAAUGGAGGGACUAUGAUAAAGAAUGGUCAGGUUGUUAGAAAGAUUUUCACAAACACAAGAGAAAGAUGGAGACAACAAAAUGUCUCAGGAGCAUUUGCAGAACUGCGUAAAUUAGUGCCAACACAUCCACCAGAUAAAAAACUAUCAAAAAAUGAAAUACUUCGUAUGGCUAUCCGCUACAUUCAUCUUUUAACCAAUGUUCUCGAAUGGCAAAAGCAACAGGAACAAAAGAAUGAAAAUGCUGAAAAUAUUAAUAAUAACUCACAACAAAAAUCCGACAGGAAAUGCUUUUCUUUAGGACCCGUUUCAGUGAAAUCUAAAAUAUCCUGCAGAAUUGCCAACUCCUCAAAUUUAUUCCAUAAAAUAAUGUCACCAAAUUGUGUUGAUAAACCAAUUAAUAUGGUUUCUGGGUCAUUAUUUGGUUGUAAUGAAAGAUGUUCUAUUAAAACAGAAUUUGUUGAAAACAAUGUGAAGGAGUCAAAACAGUUCAAUUAUGAAAAAUUUACAGAUAUUCAAAAUCUAGAUAAAAUUAAUAUUGCUGAAAAUGGUAUUGAUGUGAAACCUGUAAAAAUUAAUUUUAUACCCAAAUCGAAAACCAGUAAGUAUAAAAAGAAAAGUGGAAUACAGAAUAAAAGUAAUAGUAAUUGCGAGGAAGAGAAGGAAGAUUAAAAUGACAUCAAUUAUUUAUUAUAAUUAUAUGGUAUAUCUAUACAAUUAAUUACGACAUUUUAUCUUUCCAAUUUAUCAAAAAGAAAGUUUCUCUCCAGAAAUAAAGAACUUUGGACAAGCGGAAAGAUUUUUUCGCUAAAUUAAUCUUACGUAUCAAGCGAUAAGCAAUUAUAAUCUUCUCUUAUACAUUAAAUUUGUAAAUCUUCAAUGUUGAUAACGUAUAUAUAAACAUUAAUUAAUAUAAAACCAGUAUAUAUUGUAUAUUCAUGCAAUAUUGCAUGAAAAAUCACAAUGUUUAAAUAUAAAUAAAUACUACAAAACUUACAUUCUUAAUGUAAUAUGUGUAGGUAUAAAUUUCACAAUUUAUACUCAUUAAUAUUAAUAUCCCAUAAUAAAUAUUUUUAAAAAAUCAUAAAAAA